CUUCAAUAUUAUUUUCAAAUGUCAGUAAGUUCGUUAAAGUUGAGUUGUGCCUGUGGUUGUGCUUGAAACUUAUUUUUGGAUAUUACUGUGAAACCUGCGUUUUAAAUAUCAAAAAAUAGUUACUUAAUAAUAAAAACACAUAUAAUUUUAAUAUCACUAGUGAUUCCCUUUUAUAAGGCAAAGAUGCCUCGAACGAAAGUUGUUAGGAAGGAGCGGAUUGAAGAUUCCAAGCAAGCUAAAGAAUUUGCGUCAAAGUUUUCAGAAAUGCUUAAUGACAUGCUUGACAAAUUUAAAGAACAAUUGGAUAAACACAAAAUGCAGUCAAGGGCCGAGUUAAAGAAAUGUAAACUAUCUAUUCCCAAAAAUCUGGCGAACAAGACUUUGGGAGAGUUGAUGGAAUCGCCUGUUGGCUGGUCUGGGGAUAGUACCAGUGCUUCUGUGACUCAAAUUUUUGAUGCAACACGGACAAUGACAGGGAUGAAAAAUAACCUAACUAGAAGUAAUUCUUUUGGUGACGAUGAAGGGUACCUUACAGCUGAAAGUAGUAAAAGUACUUCAGGUGGUAGGCAGUCAAGAACAAAAAACAGAAUUCCAAAAACCACUCGCAUCUCAAGAUCUCAAUCAGUUCGCAAAAAGAACACGACUGAGAUGACAGACAAGUAUAAAACCCCAGCACAAAGGAUUCCUAUAACCACUUAUGGCACAGUAACACCAAAGGUGAAACCCAACACACCCCAAGUGCUUUUGCGCCGGCCCAAGCAAGGAGAAGUCGCUCUGUCUCUACAAGGUAGUCCUCUACUUACAGGAAAUGUAGUGACUGAUAAUGUGGCCAACAUCAACAUUCCUCUUGAAGAUGGUCGUCUUUUCUCUAUUCAACCUCAAAGAGGUUUGCGUGUCUCUCAAAUCCCAGAACUUGACCUUGAAACUAAACGACAAUUGGAGACUUUGAGGGAUAACUUGAACAAAGUCUGUGCCUUAGCAACUAAACUAUAAGAUAUUUAAGUGUGCGUUCUUUAUUAUUUUUUAUAUUAUAUUCAAGCCACUCGAUAUGACACCAACGUUCAUGUUCAUAAUAAAUUUAGUAUUACAAA